UUUUUCUAUCCCCAACAGCUUCCCAUUGUUCUGCUCCACUUCCACCAUUUGUUCCAUAUUCCGCGUGACAGUGAGUGAACAUUCGCCUACACAAAACAGUGUGUCCAGUGUCAGCGGCUACACGAACCCUUUGCUAAAUGCCAUUUUGUAGCUAUGAAAACAAAUCAAAAAGAAAAGAAAAAAUCGUAUAAAUCUAUGUGAAGUGCGUGUGCGUGGACAGUAGCGUAACAAAAAGGCUGACAAUUGCAAGUUGGAACACAGGCGGCAACACAAAAGCACAACAAUAUCUCCUUCCCGGAAAGGUGUACGUGUGCAUGCAAAAGGAAGUGUGUUCUGAAAAGUGUUGUUGUUUGGUGCGAUAUAAAAUAUAUCCCCGUGGCCAAUAAUAAGAUCCGCGCUGGUGCGUGUUCUUGAAGCCCGCGCGUGUGUUGUGAUUGAGUGAGAGAGGUGCGUGUGUGCGUAAAGUGUCCACUCGACGUGUGUAAUCGCAAGCGAAAGAAGAAGAAGAAGCAAAUUUGCUUCCUUCCUUGCUGAGCCCCCGAAAAGUUGAGCUCCAUCUCCCCCCCGCCGUUCCAACAGUGUUGUGAGUAAAGGGGGUAACAUCACUGCGCGAAGAGGUUCUACCCAAAAAUUUCCAUCGUUUUUCCAUCGUGAUCGUGAUCAGCUGAGUCGGCUAGCGCCAUUGAGAAAAAACAUAACUCCUACCCCACCACCCCACACGAACUACACACGUAACACACGAUCUCUUUAUCUCACUCUCUCUCUGUCUGUCACGUUCUCUCCAUUUCUUUCUGUCCGUCUGUCUCGGAAAAAAAACACAUCCUCACACUCUGUUCGACUGACACCAACUCUUUGGAGUAACAGAAAAAUAAACAAAAACACACUUUAUAAAAAAAACAGCCAAACAACAAUUCGGGUAGCGACUGCAGUUUGCUGCCCGAGAACAACAAUCGCAAAAAACAAAACCCUCCAAACUAAGCGGCGUAAAAGCGGAACAUCCGCUGGUGUGCUAAGGCUCGGAAAACAUUCGCAAACAGGAGCCGCACAGGCUACACGACCCGCACAACGAUCGCGUUCACACAGCAGCAACAUCACCCCGGUGCCGGUGUAAUGAUCAUGGCGUCAUUCAACGGUGGAAGUGCCGCGGGCGGCGGCGGUGGCGGUGGCGGUGGUCAGGAUGGGCCGCACAACAAGCGGCUCUGUACCGGCCAGGAGAUGAGCGAGGUGCCGCUCAAUAGUCGGAACAAUAACAACAACAUCAACGUCACAGACGAACCACGCCGGAAGCGUGACGUUGCGACACGCCCCAACCAUAUCCUGCUGUUCACGAUCCUGAACCCGAUCUAUCCGAUCACAGUGGACGUACUGCACACGAUCUGUCAACCAAAUGGCCAAGUGCAACGCAUCGUGAUAUUCAAGAAGAAUGGCGUCCAAGCAAUGGUCGAGUUCGACAGCAUAGAGUCAGCGACUCGUGCCAAAGACAGCCUGAACGGUUGCGACAUCUACUCCGGCUGCUGCACACUGAAGAUCGACUACGCAAAGCCAGAAAAACUCAAUGUUUACAAAAACGACAGUGACUCCAGUUGGGACUACACGCUGGUAGCUGCCACCACAGUCAAGGAGGUCGGUAAUGGACGCUCGCCCCUGCUCCAGGAUCCAACGCUCUUCGGUGGACGACCGCAGCCGUACAGUAAGUACCUUUCACCAUCACAUACACCCUACAACGAGUACUCUCAACCUACUCAAGGGACCCGCUCAAGUCUAGAACCUGCUCUUCUAGGCGCCGGUGGAGGAAAUGGUUUUCCACCCAACUUUUCACCACCGGACUUCCACCCGUCGGAGAACUGGAAACCGGCAGCCGCCGGUACGCACGUCGGUCUCAUGAAGGAUCCACCGUUGCCCCGCAAUGGACCAACCAACUUCAUCCAACCAACACAGCAACAGCAGGGAGCAGUGAUGAUGGUUUACGGACUCGACAAUGGAACCGCCAACACCGAUAAGCUUUUCAAUCUGUUCUGUCUCUAUGGCAAUGUAGUUCGGAUAAAGUUCCUGAAAACCAAGGAAGGUACCGCCAUGGUCCAAAUGGGUGACGCCAUCGCAGUAGAACGUUGCGUCCAGCACUUGAACAACAUUCCAAUCGGAAAUGAUGGCAAAAUUCAGAUCGCAUUUUCCAAGCAGAACUUUUUGUCCGAGGUCACAAACCCGUACACCCUGCCGGAUCAUACGCCCAGCUUCAAGGAAUAUACCGGCUCGAAGAACAAUCGCUUCCUGUCGCUGACGCAGGCAAGCAAGAACCGCAUCCAACCGCCAAGCAAGAUUCUUCACUUCUUCAACACACCGCCAGGGCUAACCGAUGAGCAGCUGAUUGCCGCGUUCAGUAGCAACGAUUGUCACCCGUCGCAAGUACGCAUGUUUCCACUGAAAUCGGAACGCUCCUCGUCCGGGUUGGUUGAGUUCCCGAGCGUCGCCCUAGCCGUCCAGGCGAUCAUGAAGUGCAACCACACCGCCAUCGAUCACAAAGGCACAAAGUUCCCGUUCAUCAUGAAGCUCUGCUUUUCGUCGUCCAAAACUAUGAACGGUGCGUGGAACAAUGAGAACAUCGAGAACAUGAAGCAGGGUUCAGCCGUCCCGACGACGCCCGGUGCCGAGGAUGAGCCGAUGCAGGCGCGAUAAAUCGAUCGCGCCCUGUUCGCUGCAUGCUGCAUGGCCGAUUGCUUUACAGAUGAGCCUCUAUGCUGCGGUUCCCGCGAUCCUCAAGCAAAUGAAAAACCGUGUUUUGAUGGAACUACGGGUUCAUCCCUGUGUGUUUUAAUGUGAUGCUAAUGAGACGAAAGGAAGAGGAAGAUAAAAAAAGAGAAGGAAACGAUAUUAAUUCAUACAAAAUCGUAACCCCAGGGGGUUUUCGCCGGUCGAUCGCAGUUUCAUCGUCAGCCAACAAAUUCAUCACGUUCAUCGUAAGAAAUCACCACCGUUUUUUUUUUGUUUGUUUUUCUGUCGACUACCGACAGACAGGCAGCAAUUCUAGUGCGGCCUCCAUCUCACCUUCCACAAGCAUCGCGCUGUGUGCUCAGUUGUGAGCGCACGUGCGUUGAGGAGUAAUAACGUAAAACGCUCAUCUCGUCUAUCCACAUUGCGCUGCAACAGUAGAGUUAAGCUGAACCGCAAAACUAGCAGAACUAGCACUAACCAUGCCCGGUGCGUUUGCAGUUCGCAAAUAGGAUUGUAAAACAUGGCUUUGCAGCAUAAGUGCGCGCUGCACUCACGUUCGUUCUAUGAUGAGCGCAAGGAUUCGUCCAGUAUAGGAUACAGUAAUGGUUAGAUUGUUUAAUUUUUUUUAUUAGCAAAACCGCAGCGAACAUGAAUGGUAUGGCGCAAAAACACGAAAGUAAACCACCGGAAGAUGAUAGUGAAGAUUGAUGAAGACGGACGACCAAGCGCAGAUGAGGGAACUGUACCCAUGUACUACUUAAUCAAUGCAGAACACCCUCCCUCGAUAAUGCCCUAUUGGCUGUACCAUAGGUGGACAAACCACAAGCAGAACGAUAUCGCUCGUAAUACGAGCAGGAUACUACUGGAUCUAUUUUUCUUCUUUAAUUUCUUUACUGCUUUACAAUCGAAUUCCCACAUCAUGCAACAAUCGUCACAAUCAACUAGAAAAGAAAAGACUAGGAGCUGAAAUGCGCAAAACGAAAAGGAUAAGCAGAGAGUGAGAGACAGGAGCGAACAAAAACAUUGGAAAGAUAACGACUAUAAAUCGGUAGAGGCAAACGAAUGAAAGCUUUGAAACCAAAAACAGAAAAAGAAAGGAAAACAGUUUAAGCAACACUGCAAAUGGAAACAAAUCAGCCGGAAAUGCCGGAAAUGGCUAACCUGCAGUAAGCAACGUUGCUUUCCGGAUGGUGUUUUGCAAUUGGCUAAGGUGGUACGCCGUGUGUUCGAUUUUUAGACAAUUAAGUAAGAAAACACCUAACGUUUAAAACCUACCAUCUGUCCCACUUAUGACUUAUAUUCCCUAAUGUUGUUUUCCUUUAAAAUUUACCUUCUAUUUUUGCCAGUUACAUUUACGUUCAUUUCUUUACCAACAACGUUAGCAUGAUCACGUUUCAAUUUGUAAUCAAAAACCUUUCUUUCCCUACCCUUUGUGAGCCCCUAGGUACAUUGAUACAACAAAACAAGAGAAAAGACAUUAUUUAUUGUUUACUAAUUUAGAAGAAAUUGCGUAAAAUCCGGGAGAGUGGAAAAGAGCAAGCGCAACAAUCUGAUGCGCGGACGAGAGUUUAAACGAAAUGCCUAACAGACAGAGGGAUGCUGUUCCAGCUAGAAAAGGAUAGUAACAAUUGUAAUGUGCAAUGCUGGACCCUCUAGCUCUCUUCCGUUUUUUUUACGGCUCUGGCUUGCUUUCUCUUGUUUCUCGCUCUCCCGGUACGCUUGUUUGUGAUGAACAGAGUGCGUGCGGAUGGAAGUCCUUGAACGGUUGACCAUGUAUGUAUGAACGAGAUCGUGUGCGCAAGAUCAUGUUUGUUUGUGUGCUUACUUUGUGUAUGUGUGCCUGUCUCUGUAUAACGUUAGUUAAUGGUGUGCAAGCAGGAUUGUAUUCAGUUUGUUCGCUUUUUCUUGGUUCACUCGAUAGUUUCUAGUUCAGGCAAGAUUUCGUGGAAUGAGAAUCUUACCUGUGAAAUGGUAAGAAAUAAGCUAGAAGAAAGAUUGAAAAUAUGGGAAAAAAAUUGGCGCAAAAAAACAAGGGAGGAAUGCAUAGAAAAUAACAUUUAUGAUAUGUUAAGAAUCUAUCUUAAAUAGCGAACAAACGGUUGGGCACAUGUGAAAGAUUGACGAAGGAAAUGAUAUUGUAAUACUGCAUGCGCACGAAACGCAAGGCAAGGUAGAACAAUCAAUGCGGUGUACACUUGAACUCAAAACAACAACACAACACACACCCACUAAUACUAACAAACAACACACACAAACACCGUUGAAUUCAGUUUUAUUUCGUAAGCUAUGUGCAACUAGUUUCGUUAGCUUACCGAUGCAUGCAAAACAAAACACUAAUAAGCUAACAGCAUUGGGAAAUUACAAUCAAACAAGCAAACCCACACAAUCGAAAACACGAAAAGGUACUAAAUCAGUUACUGCUGGGUAACACGUGGAAUGUCACGUUGAGACAAAAUUCAUUAAACUAAGAACCUUAUAGUUUUAGUACGUUCGAAGCAGUUUAAGCUUGUGUCGUUUAGUUACACACUUCCCGCGCAUACACGCGCCUGCAGACAAAAACCAAUCAAAACAAAACCUUCUCACAAAACCCCAGUGUACACCUACAGCAAGAAACACCCAAAACCGGGCAGGCCCCAAAAGCAUAGAGGCUAUACCAGCGCAUGAAACAGUACAGUACACUCCUCACGUUACAGCAUAAACAUAAACAAAAACACCACUUCUAAAACAUUUACCAAACACCACCCAACCCAAACCACACACCGCACCGAACGCACCGAAGCCGCCACGUUUCGUGGACAUUUGCUGCGGAACCAAAAAUCAAACAAACAAACUAAAAAACAAAAGAGCAAAACGUAAACCAGAACCAGAAACAUCGAAUCCGACUGCGUAACGAUUCUUUUGUUAAUCACUUCAUCUUCAUUAUCAUCAUUGUUGUUUUUUUCUUUUCUUCUCUUUUUUUUGAUAGUGUCGUUUAACUCUUAUGUUAUGUUAGGGCGUUUGAUGUAUAAGACAAGUUUGUUAGAGCUUUUUAUUAUUAUUAUUAUUAACUAUUACGAUUACUGGUUAGCUCUUAGUUUUAGUCGCUAGUGCAGCAAAUCGUGUACGAGUUAUCGUUUUUUUCUUGUUUUCUCUAUUUCUUUAUGCUGUUUGAGUAACAAACAAAAAACAAAGGGAAAACGUGUGUGUGAAUGGGGAGUGAGAAAAGUUCAAACAAUACAACACACAAAAUCCCCAUCACAGCUGCUCAUAGGAUCAAACACGAACGAGACAAAUGUGCAAUCGAGAGAACUUUACUAUCAAAAGAAGAAACAGUGUUUAGUUUCUUUGUUUUUUUUUUGUUUCUUUUUGUUUUUAAUUUAAGUUGAGCACUUCUUUUCGUUUCAUAUUUUUUAUUGUUUCAAUAAAGAAUAGAUGGAAUUCAGCUGGUAUUGUUUGCCGUAGUAAAAUAUGUGAAGAAACAUAUUAGCUUCUUCGCGCUUCUUGGUACUGAGAAAGGAAAACGUUGAAAAAGAAUAGCAAACAGGUAGAAAAAUGCAGCACCGACGAACAUCUGAAAUCGAACCUGAACCUGCAAUGGCCAUCAUCAUCUAUCGAUUAUCCAGCGGCAACUAUCAUUUUGUUUGUUUUUUUUCUUCUUUUGUUUUUAGAUAUUUUUUUCCUUCCCUCCUUUUCUUCAGAAUCUACAUAUCCUAGUGAAAUGAACUCAACCAAGGGUGCGCCAAUGGCAAAAAGGGAAAACAAAAACACAAAACGGAUAGGAAACACAUACUACUAGGACGAUUGCCGAACAACCGGAAAACCCGACCCGUGUAUUGGGACGCAUCUUUAAGGCGACGCUCUGUUGGUACGAUCCAAGGGGAAGGGGGGCAAGAUCCCUAUUACAGAGGAAGGGUGACGCCCCAGAGAAGAAUUAUACACCUACUUAUAUUUACACAAGUAAAGAAGUAAAGACAUUAGUAGCAAUUUAAGCGCGAACGAAAGUCGGGUUUUGCGGAUGGAAAAUCCGGCUGACGGACAGGUUCUUCGGCUCUUCUAGCCAGCAGAACAAAAAAUGGUUAAGAAGCAGCAUUCUGCUAAAUGCUGCUGUGCGUAGGAAGUUGUGCGUGUGUGUGAAACAAAUAAUCAAUAAUAAUAAUGUAUAUGGUGGUCCAAUGUUGAAAAAAAAUAUCAUUUUACAGCUAAAGAAACAGAAACCGUAUCUUAAACCAGUGAAAAAAGCAAAAAAGUUCGUAAACAAAACGAAACAACAUUCAGCAAACGCGCUCCAGCAGAAAAGCUGUAAUGUGUUUUUGAUGGGCAAAUUAUGGUAAUGGCAAGCCAGUUUAAAAACAAAAUGGCCCUUUUAGGAGGCUUAUUUAUUUACCCAAUUUUAGCGACAAACGUGAGAGAAAGUGUAAACGUGAGCGAAAGAUUUUAUGAUAAAAGAAGAAGUAAAAACACGCUCCCCACACAGUACGCUUUGCUACAGUGUAACCCACCAAGAUGGUCUGUAACUUCUGCUAACUGCGAGAAGACACACUAAAGGAAUGAUAUGCAAUCACUAUGCCGUAUACAUACAUAUAUGUAUACAUAUAUAUGUGAAUGGUUUAUGUUUCUCUUUUUAUUAUCGACUGUUACAACUAACUCUUUCUCUACCGGAAGCUAUACAAAGCUACAAUCAUGUUACAGUUACAACAGCUAGACAUAAUGCGUGCUCUCUAUCGCUAGCAAAAUCAACAAAUUUGAUACGGAUCGAUUGAAGUUAGUGGUUAUGCUUUCUUUUUUGUUUAGUUUUAAGUAACCAUCCUUUUACCCACUGUCAGGCUGUGGAUGUGUGUAUGUGUGUGGUUGGGUGUUUCUUGUUGUUUUAAGUACACGUGUAAAGAACACUAACGAAUCGGUGCUAUGGGGCAGUAAGCAACAUACGAGCUCUCACGAGCCUGUUUCAAUAAUAAGUGCAAUCAAGCGGAAAAAAGAAGAUUAGAAAUCGUUAAUCAAGUUUAAGUUUCAUAUAAUCAGCUCAACGUAUGUUUUUAGAAACUAAUUUAAAAAACAAAAGUUCACGAUACAGUCGCUCCCCCCCACAGUCUGUUACGUGUCUGUAGUUGUUGUUACACUAAAGAAGAAUAGUUUUUCCUAUUUCUUGUCCUUUUUUCAUCCCUCCAUUUUCCUCACCCUUCCUAUCGGUUUUCCGUCCUAUCGCCCAUUUGGGGGGAAACAAAACCUUAACCUAAUCAAACCGCAAAAGCAAUCGAACGAACGAAGUAAUCGUACGGGAAAUAGUAUUUUUGCUCAAUCAAAGCAACCGAACCCUUGUUUCGGUUGUCGGUUUUUCAGUAUCGUCAACUAUCGUUUUGCAAAACAUAUGUGCAAUAUGGCGUGCAAAAAAAAAAACAAAAACCACAUCCACCACAGGAUUCAAUCACGUGUUGUAUUCAUGUAUAUUUAUUAAUUACUAGCUUCAUAAGUAGUCUAAUUUGUGCGCGCAUUCUGUGAACGUUGGGUGGUGUGUGCGUGCGUGUGUGUAUGUGUUUGUCGGGUUUUGUUGUUCAAGCAAAUGGCAAGUGACAGCAAUGGCGGUUAUUUCUUAUUUCCCCCCGCGGAAAUCACUGUAAGGAGCGGAACGGCUCCUGGAAAAUCUAUUCCCACCUUUAAUAUACACAAACAACAAAAUAAAAACCUUAAAAGAGAAUCUACUUAACAAAAGAAGAUAAAGAAAAAAACAAACAAAGCAAACCCUUAAAACCGAACCCGCGUGGAAUGUGUGUAAAAAAAGUAAACAAAACAAAAAUGUGAGUUAGGAAUGAAAUAGUGAAACGAUAGUGUGGUGUUUUUAUUUAAUGGUGAUGUGUGCUUAAAAACAGAAGAAGAAAAAAAGAGAAGCAAAACUGAACCGGAUAGCGAAGAACACAAUGCGCAACGGGGUGUGUGCUCGUGCUAGCAAAUUACGACAAUAUUUAAUGGUUGCGUUAGGAAAAGCAGACGCUCGUGCUUGAGCAAUAAAAUGUGGCGUUUUUGGGGUUGGUUUGCGAACGAAUUGAACAUAUCGAUAUCGGCGCAGGAGAUUAGUGUGCUUUGUUUUUGUUGUUAAACUGGAAGAAAGGUCAGAAAAACGUGGUUCGUGUUUUUUCUUUGUUUAGUUUUCCUUUUAUUCUUUCAUUGUCUCCCAUUUUCCUUUCCCCCUGACAUGGCGCUAGCGGGUUUCUGCGUUCUUCCCUGUCAGCGUUAGUAGUGGGUGGGCAUAUCUAUGCCUCCGUUGGCAUGGUUUUAGUGCAAUGUUAAGCUAAGGUGUCCCUCCCGCUUAUCGGUACAUUUGUGCGGGUGGUUGGAAUACCCCCUUUUUACAGAAUCGACCGGUUAAACAUUUAUUAGCUCUGCUUUAGAUUAGUGUGAUGGUAGUGUAUUGAUAGUUUAGUGCGUAAACCCUAGAAGUCCUAGAGAGCAAAAAGAAGCAGUAAAACAAAAAACCAACAACAAUCCGCCUAUUCCGCUAUAGACUUGGUUCCAGUUUAGUAGCAUGAGUCGGCUUCUUGUGAAGUUUGUGGCAAAAAUUUCUACACCUAAAACUGUAAAACAUCCAAGUCAAAUUAAAUGCCUCCUGAGAAGUCUUCGAUAAAUGCGAAGAUAAUGAUGGAGCAACAUUAUUGUGAGCGAAGAAAAUGGUAUAAAGAAAAACUUGACACAAUUAGUGUCGUAAUGUGUGUGAGUGUUGAUGGAAGGAACGCAAGAUAUAAAACAUACACACAGAAGUAAGAUUGAUUGAUAUACUAAUAGCAUUAUUGUAUUAAAGGAAACAAAUAAGAUGAAUUCUAAGCAAAAGUAGGCUAAAUGUUAGUACUAAAAUGGUAACAAAGAAGAAAAGCAACUUAUUAAAAGAAAAACGGGGAAAAAGGAGAAAGUAAGCAAGAAACAAACAAGCAAAGCAAAUCAGAAAAAUAUAACACGGCCGCUUAACUCUCAAUAACAAAGAAACAUUCAAAAAUACAAAACAAACUGACCAAUAGAGGAACAAACAUUCUACAACAAACAAAGGAGCCAAACGAAACGAAAACCUACAUACAAAAAGAGAUAGAGAGAGACAACAUUCAGGCGAUGAAAAUCUUUAUCCCAAAUACGCACCCAACUCUCCCAUUCUAUGUGCAAACCCCCACACCAACGCCAAGCGAUCAUGUUUGGGAAGGUUUCGGUUUGGGCACGGAUUGCAUGUCGUGUGCAUAAAACGGCAAGUGUCAAUUAUUUUUCUCUAAAACAAAAAGCAAACAAAACAAAACAAAAACAUUGCAAAACACACCACACAGAAGAAAGAACAAAACACAAAAAUGUAUGUGCCUACGGAACUUCGGAACUCGAACUUCAGCACUCACCAUCUUCUCGCAGCCGAAUGAAAGAAA